AUGGACCGAACAACAAAAAUCAAGACCCGGUUCGCGCUCUUGAAAGAGAACGCCAAAGCCAAUGAAUUGGUCAAAUGUACAGAAGGAGGCGACAAUGUCAACGCAGACGGCCUUCCCACCAUGCAAAAGAUCUUCUACAGUUCUCUACCUGUAGAAAUCCCAGAUGAUUUCCUCUUACCCCUUCAAGACCCGGCCACCAUCAAAGUCAAUCAAAUAAACUGGUCCAAAACCACGCUCCCAGAAUACAAAGGCUGCUACGCCGUUAUCCUAGACAACGUCAUCAACGAAGCAGAAUGCAACCAACUCCUCCACAUGGCCGAGUGUUCAGCCGGCGGUCAUCUCGGUGACGAAAGCGUUCCAGAUCACGGAUGGCGUCCUGCGAUGGUGAACGCAGGUCGCAACUAUGAGUUCCUAGACAUGAGAUACCGGAAUUCCGAUCGCAUUAUCUGGGAUAACCAAGAUGUCAUGCAACGCAUCUGGAAACGGGUUCUUCAGGGCAAAGGAAUGAAAGAAUAUUUCAGUGUCCUGGAAGGGAAGAAAUAUAAAGAGGUCCUGGGUAUGAAAUCAGACAAAUGGGGCGAUCGGUGGUUGAUCUCGGCAAAUGGUCCUAAUGAGCGAUUGAGGUUUCUGAAAUACGGGCCAGGACAGUUUUUUAAACCCCACUGCGAUGGCAAGUACACCACACCCGACGGCAAAGAAACGUCUUUUUACACCAUGCAUCUCUAUCUCAACGACUCCGCGCAGGCCCUAGAUGGGCUCGUCGAUAUGAAUAUCGACGGCGGAGAAGAGGAAAUGCUUCAGGGCGGCGCGACGACGUUUCAUGGGACUAGAUAUCAGGAGGCCAGGCUUGAUGCGGAUCCGAAGAUUGGACGGGUUUUGAUCUUCCAGCAAAGGAGGUUACUGCAUUCAGGGGACGAGGUGGUCAAGGGGACGAAGUAUACGAUGAGGAGUGAUUUGAUGUAUUCGCUUGAUGAGAGCGACAGGGGGGAUGAGGAUGGGAUUGUUUUCGGGGAGUAG